AUGCCAUCCUUCAACCUCCCCUCCUCCGCCAUCCACAAAAAGUGGUCCCGCUCCCUCCCUCCCAUCCUCACCGUCCCCUCCGGCGCCACCCUCACCCUCGACCUCCCCGACGCCAGCAACAACCACAUCACCCCGUCCAACGCCCCCACCGCCCUCUCCACCUUUUCCCUCGCCGACGCCAACCCCGUCGUCGGCCCCGUCUUCGUCGAGGGCGCCCAGCCCGGCGACGUCCUGCGUGUCGACGUCCUCGAGCUCGACACCGCCGACUACGGCUGGACCGCCAUCUUCCCCGGCUUCGGUCUCCUCGCCGACGAGUUCCCCGACCCCGUCCUCGAGGUCUGGGAUCUCGCCCGCGCCGCCAUCACCGGCCGCGCCGACUUCCGCCCCGGCAUCUCCGUUCCCGUCCGGCCCUUCCUCGGCAUCAUGGGCGUCGCCCCGCCCAGGACGGCGAGCACAGCACCAUCCCCGCCUACGUCACCGGCGGCAACCUCGACUGCCGCCACCUCACCGUCGGUUCCUCCCUCUACCUGCCCGUUCAGGUCCCCGGCGCCCUCUUCUCCUGCGGCGACGGCCACGCCGCCCAGGGCCACGGCGAGGUCUGCGGCUCCGCCAUCGAGACCCCCACCCGCGCCAAAAUCACCCUCACCGUGGAGAAGAACAUGCCUUGGAUCACCGCGCCCCACUACGUCAGCCCCUAGUCGUGCCGAGGAGCUGGCCAUGGGCGAGUACGCCGCCAUGGGCGUCGGCCCGGACCUGGCGGACGCGGCCAAGGACGCCACCCGCGGCCUCAUCGCCUGGAUGCAGGCCGAAAAGGGCCUUUCCAAGACCGACGCUUAUAUCCUCGCCUCUGUCGCCGCCAAUCUCAAAAUCGUCGAGGCUGUCAACAUGCCAAACUAUGUCGUCGCCUGCUCCAUCCCUCUCGCCAUCUUCCGCUUCUAA